AUUAAGAGUUAGGAGCUAUUGAAUGCAUAAUUAUUAUCAAAUUGUAAUCGUAGUAGCAGCAAAAGAUAAGGCAUUGUGAUAUUUCAACCUAAAAGCUUCAGUAGAAUUGCAAAGUUUCAAAACUCAUUACUAGAAUUGGAAACCAAUAUUCAAUUUUCAACCAUCUCACAACUACACUGCAUUUCUUUAGAUUUCACUUGCACGCACUGCAUUCAUUUGAACGCUGCUUCAAAGCUAAUGAUAGACUUUGAUGUAAGAAACAACUUGGACCCGGAAUCGUAUGCAAACACCUCAGAAGCUCGUCCCAAAGCUGAAUGUCCAGUUUAUCCAAUUCUUGCUAACAAAGAAGCUGUCGUUGUUUGGGACCAAGAAAGGAAUGACUUUGGAGCAGUUGCUGUCGUUCGAGAUCAUCUCUCCUGCUUGAACUGUCCAAAUUCAACUGGAUGCGGACACAUUCGGAUUCUGAAGAGCCUUGAGUCUUCAAUCUUUCUUCCAGAGAAUGCAUCGAGACUGCUAAAAUCUUUGGAAGAUGAAUAUCCUACAGAAGAGGCAAAUAAUGGAAAAGCACUCUCGUAUCAAGCAAUUCCGUUUUGUUAUAGUCCGCUAAACAGCCUCGCUGGAAAAGAAAUCAUGAUUAUGCAGCGUUCCCAAGACAAAUUAAUUUUAAAACCAACGUUGCCCACUGGGAUCCGUUGCAAAUCUUGUGGCAGUUACUGGUCUACGGAAGAUCCUGUCAAAGAAAACUGGCUAUUUCAAAGUGAUGUGCCCGUAUUUAUGGACAUUGGCAUUGUUUCAGCUGAAGUGUACAGAGUACAUUGUACAAACGUCGCUUGCCUAUGGAACUUCCAGUACGAUGGACUUGAGGAUGGGCUUCUCAAUAUGGGGACGUAUAUGGUCAGCCAUAAACUGUUGAGGCGUUUUAUGAUAAGCUUCCUUCAUGGUCGGAUGCCUAUCUACGUUUUCCACACGAUUUACGUACGGGAAAAACGCGACGAAGGUCUUUCAUGUGAGAUUAGCACGUUCUCAUAUAACAAAUUUAAAGAUGCGUGGUACAGUUACCUGGAAUUGCUGGACAUUGAUAUCGACCAAGGGUUUGGCUGCGAAAUUUGUAAAAACGCCCCAGACAUUGUUUUAAUGGAUGCAACAUCCCUUUCUUUUCGGAAAGAACUAACGCAUUGGCGCUCAUUUCUUGUCGAAGUUGAGCAAACAAAGGAGCCGGUGAUACCUAGAUAUUCGUAUGUUGAAGUUGUUCAAAUUCCUUAUUCAAAUUUUUAAACUGAAGUGGUUUUAAACCUGACGAGCAAUCUUUGGCUAGCAAAGUUCAUUAGCAUCAAAUAAUAAUAAGUCUAACAAAUUUUAAGCAUGAGAAACCUUCUUCAAAUAUCCUCCAUUUAGACUAUAUUUAACUAAUAUGAUUUUAUUUUGUAUCAAUAUAGGACUUUAUAAAUAAUAUUGAAAUUCAUGUUUAAAAAUUUGAAAUACUUCAUGUUCUCUAAUAAAUCAUCCAUCUUUUCUCAGAAAAUUCGAAAACAGAAUAAUGGUAAGCAAUAACAUUUGUCGUUCUCUUUUGCUUCGCUACGUCGACAACAGAAGAAGGAAAAGCAAGCGCCUAAAUAUGGAUGAGUAUGACGAAAUGUUGGAAAUGUUGGAAGAUUUGCAUCCUUCGAUUUUUUUAUUAAUAAAGUACCUUGAGCAU